GUGAGCAAACAUGGAGCUGGACAGCUUGAGGGGUCUGAGAGAGAAAUUCACACUUCGUCAUGCUAUCAUCAGAGAGUUUCUAGCAGAAUUCCUCGGGACAUUUGUGCUUAUACUUUUUGGCUGUGGCUCAGUGGCACAGGCUGUGCUCAGCAGAGGAGCUGUGGGUGAACCGCUCACCAUCCACAUUGGCUUCACCACAGGAUUGAUACUAGCUGUCUAUGUGUCAGGAGGUGUAUCAGGAGGACAUGUAAACCCUGCCGUAUCUCUAGCCAUGGCAGUCUUAGGGAAGUUUCCCAUUAAGAAAUUUCCAGUAUAUGUGGCUGCCCAGUUCAUUGGUGGUUUUGCAGGCUCUUGUACUGUCUUUGGACUAUACUACGAUGCCCUCAUGGACUACUCCAAUGGAGAGCUGCUGGUCACAGGUGAAAAUGCCACCGCGAACAUCUUUGCCAGCUAUCCAGCAAAGCAUCUUUCAGUCCUUAAUGGGUUUUUUGAUCAGGUCGUUGCCACUGCAGCUUUAGUGCUGUGCAUCCUGGCCAUUGUGGACAAGAAAAACAUCGGAGCCCCUAAAGGAAUGGAGCCACUUCUCAUUGGUUUCACCAUCCUGGCCAUCGCAGUGGCCAUGGGCCUAAACUGUGGCUAUCCCAUCAACCCUGCACGAGACUUGGGACCCCGUCUCUUUACUGCUGUGGCAGGCUGGGGGGUGGAGGUGUUCAGGGCCGGUGGUGGCUGGUGGUGGAUCCCAGUUGCUGGUCCAAUGGUGGGCGGGGUGUUGGGAGCGAUGAUCUACUACCUGCUGAUUGAGCUGCACCACCUGCCAGAGGAAAAGCAUGAGGAGAAGAGCAAUGUUAAGGACAAGUAUGAAAUGAUAACCAUGAGCUAGACAGAGGCCAAAUGUAACUCUGUCUCUAAUUCAUCUCCAGCAGGCUGCAGUGUAAAACAUUUCUCACUUUGUUUUAUCACAAUGCAAGUAUCCAGGUUGAUGCUAGCAUUAUAUUAUAUUAUAAAUCCUACAAUUAAACUGCAUGCAAUCUUAGAAUCAUACUCCUAAUGAAGUAAGCUACAAUGAAGCAAUGCUAAAACCCUGACUUAUAUAAAGAUAUUAUCAAGAUAACAUUCAGGGAUUAAUGCUGCCUGCAAAUCCUCAUUAAAUGGUCUUAUACACUCACUUAUAUACUCAUUAUUACUGAAUCCUUGUCACCGAUAUUGAUACCUAUUGUGUAUUUUCCUAAUAUUUUACUCCACUGUAUAUUUUUCACAGUAUAAACAAUGAUUAAGCAUGUAAACUAGUAUCUAUCACCAUAAUUUGCACUUACUAAUUAAAUAUUAAUAUAUGAUUACACAAGUUAGAUUCAGAGCAAAAUAAUCAUGUACCAUAAACCAGUGAAAUCAUGCUGUCUUCUAUGCUUGGACACUUGUAUUUAUCACAGUUUCAACAGAAGGAAGCGAGUGAUAAGGACUAUGGUACAAACAUUACAGAGCUGAAGACUGUGAGAUUUUGUUUCCCUUUAAGUAUCGAGGGGUGAGUUUUGUACUCUACAGAAUAAUGUGGUAAAUUUCAAGUGUGUGUGUGUGUGUGGGGGGGUGUUUCUAUGCUGUGUUAAAUGAAAUAGAACUGAGAUUCUGCCUGAGAUAAAUGAGUGGCCAUUGACCUCUAGAAAGACAUCAAAUGUUUUUCAACAGCAGCUACAGUAAAGAGCUCAUAUGUUAUGCAACAUAUUAGACAAGAACUUUGAUUUCCCAUCCAAAAACAUUGAAAAAUAUCAGGCUUCAAAGCACAGUGUUAAACCAUAUAGUUGAAAUUGUUGAAAGUAUUGCUGUGCUUAACAGUGUGAGGGCCAUGUCAUCAACUCCUCUGACACAUGAAGAAUAAUUCACCAAUGCCUGCCUUCUCAGUUAAACACUCUCUGUCCGAAUUCUUAGGCCUAAUUAGGCCCAAAAUUAAUUACAUUUAAACUCAGGUACAAUUCUGUAUACAUUUGCCCUAUGUUUGCUGCUCUAAGGGUAUUUCAUUGAUAAUAACUUGUGACUAACUGGAUAAACUCAGUAUUUUUUACUACGUGUUAAAAGAACGCUAUACAGGCUUAUGUGAUGCAUUUGAACUGUGGUUAGCAUAUUCUUGUAUUUUGUACUGUUAUUUUUCACACACAGUUUAAAUAUAUGACAGUGAUAUCUUCUGAAAUGAUCUCUGAAAGCUCUGAAA